GCGCCACGUCGGGUUCGGGGUUCCCCUCCCUGCCCGGGGCGGCGGCGGGACCAGCGGGUGGAGCGCGGCCGGGCUCUCGCUUCUCCCCUCCCUCAGCGGCCGGUUCGUAGCAGAGGCCUCGGCGGCGGCCGCGACAUGUCGGACCUGGGGGACUGGUUCCGGAGCAUCCCGCUCAUCACCCGCUACUGGUUCGCCGGCUCCAUCGCGGUGCCGCUCAUCGGCAAGCUGGGCCUCGUCAGCCCCGUCUACCUCUUCCUCUGGCCCGACGCCUUCAUUAACCGCUUCCAGAUCUGGCGGCCGAUAACUGCAACUUUUUUCUUCCCAGUGGGACCUGGAACGGGAUUUCUCUACCUGGUGAAUUUGUAUUUCUUGUAUCAAUAUUCAUCACGAUUAGAAACAGGGGCUUUUGAUGGAAGGCCAGCAGAUUACAUGUUCAUGCUCCUGUUUAACUGGAUCUGCAUUGUUAUAACUGGCUUGGCAAUGGACAUGCAGUUGCUGAUGAUUCCACUCAUCAUGUCAGUACUUUAUGUGUGGGCCCAGCUGAACAGAGACAUGAUUGUAUCAUUUUGGUUUGGAACAAGAUUUAAGGCCUGUUACCUUCCAUGGGUUAUUCUGGGAUUCAACUACAUCAUUGGUGGAUCGGUCAUCAAUGAGCUGAUAGGAAAUCUGGUUGGACACCUGUAUUUCUUCUUAAUGUUUAAAUAUCCAAUGGAUUUGGGAGGAAGGAAUUUUCUGUCCACACCUCAGUUCCUGUACCGCUGGCUGCCAAAUAGGAGAGGAGGAGUGUCGGGGUUUGGUGUCCCACCUGCUAGCAUGAGAAGAGCUGCAGAAGAUCAGCAGGGUGGUGGAAGACACAACUGGGGCCAAGGUUUCCGGCUAGGUGACCAGUGAAGAACGCCUGCCCUUGGAAAACAGCAACUCUUUGGUUUUAAUUGGAUGUAGAACCGACCCUUCCUGGUGCAGAGCAUGCUUAAGAACUGAGCUCUCUGUAGUACUGUUGGAUUUAACUGAUUAGAAUGUUUCUGGUUCAAGAGAAAACUAAAAACUCCAGAAGGGAAAAAUGUAGAUCUUGCUCCAGGUUAGCCAGUAGUGUCCAAUUUGAUUCUGCCAUUAAGAAAAGCCUUCUUUAUACAGUAUAGUCUGUCUGUUGCAAUGGGCAUCCAUUAUGCUGUCUUGUUCCAUGAUACGAUGGAACAAGUUAAUGGUGUUCUGUCUUGCCUCAUAUGUCAAAAGCUUUGUUGAUCGUGGUAAGGUAAGAAUCCAGUGUGAGGCAGAUGGAUCAAACUAACCCCAGAGUUUAGGAAGCUGACUUUUUCCAUAGCUGUGCUUAAGUCCCAGGGUCUUUGGAAACAUUAUUUAAGUGAUAUCUCUCUGCUGCAUUCAUAAAGCAAAGUGCAAAUAUUUCAUUUCCAUUAUUAAGCUGUGUUUUGAGGGGAGUUUUUUGUUGCCAUGCAGCAUUUGUCCUACCUGCUACAGGGUGGGCUGGGUAAGACUAAGGAUAAAAGGGCUUUCGUCUGAAAAGGCAAUAACAGAUAUUCACAGAAUUGAAAUCUCUGAACUCUUCAUGGCAUAUUACAAGGCUUGCUCUGUUUAAACUGAAGUUGUCUAGCUCCCCCCACCCCCGAGAUCUGUGGAUUCUUGGCUUCAAGGUUUCUAUUUUGAUUGCAAAAUUGGGUAGCACAAAUACUACUUAAACUAGAAAAUGUAACAUAUCAUUCUGGUUAAUGUAAAGGGUACUGACUGCAGCUUAUGUUUGUUAACUGAAUCUUCAACUUUCUCCUAAAAGCUUUAAGACAUCGAAGAAUCAAAGCUGGAAAUAAACUUUUCCAGAAUCAAGAUACAAUAGAACGGAUUGCUUUACUACAGGACUCUUUCAUUGACAAAUAAGAAAUUACGUACACUGUUUAUUAGUAUCUGUACUUUUUUGGUAAAAUUUUUAGACAUGGAAAAGGGAAUGAUUCUGUACAGUAGUUUUCCUCGUACUGGGUUCCCCUGGGCAGAGCAUAGGGCUGAGAUCCAGGAAGUUGUAAUGGUAGCUUGUUACUGACUCACCGCAUGGACUUGAGCAAACUUCUUACUUAUCUCAGUUUUCCCAGCUGUAAGGAGGACUCAUGCAUGUCUCAUAGCAUUCUUAAAAGGUAGCUGUCCCCGACUGCCCUAGAUGGGAGCUGCUAGUGAGCAAGGUAAGGCUUAGGUUCACAUAAAUGACAACACUUCAGCUAGAAAUGCAAUUACUCUUAAGCUUAACCAAGACUUCUAAGUUGGAAUAUAGCUGCUCACUUUUUGUUUUAUAGUUGGAGGAAAAGAGCGUCAUCACUAGGAUGAGAUUCAAGUCUCUGACCGAAUUUCCCUUUAGCAUUUGUCUGUAUUUUUACUGGGUAGGUAGGGCACAGGAAGUUGUUCUGCCCCAACUUGGGUAUCUCAGGUAUCUAUAAGUAGGUGAAGUGAAUCUAGGCCAAAACAUUUUUAUUACUACUUUGUUUCUUCACUAAACCUGGGUUCUGAAGGUUUAAAAACUUGUAAAUACUACGUGAUGUGAAACUGGGUGGAAAAUAAGCAGCCAGACUGGAAGUUUUCAGCUGGCUUGCUUGGAAAAAAACCCCCGCAUGCUCCACUUCUUCACUGCAACUCAAUUCUGUUGAUUUGGCUUGUGGAAAAAUGUAGGAAACUGGUAAUGAUCAUAUUGUAUGCUUAGGUUUUACAGGAACUUGGAGUUCAGAAAUCACCUGCCAUUUUUGUCUACUCAGUGAUGAGUUUUAAAGAUGCUCGUCUGUUUCUUUGUAUAAAAUGGUAGGUAGAAAAGAGGACUGCAGUGUUGUAAAUAUUAAUCUAUCAUUGACCGACAGCUGUUACUUGAUGCUAACUUGAAAAGUCUAAGAACCAUCAUUUUUAUAGGAGCCAUGAUGCAGCUGGUCUUUUUAGUCAUAGUAAUAUCACUGUCUCCAAAGCAUUUGUCUUUUGAGUCAGGACCUAACUGUUAAGUGAAGAUGCAAUAGUUUGUGACUCAGCUAAAACCCUGGCACACUCAAAUUGCAGAACAUCUUUGUACAGAAGGCCGGAAGGAAGGCAGGCUUGAGUGGGAGGAAGCAUGGCAAAAGUCAUUGUCCUGGCCCAGUGCACUGUGCUGGGUCUUGCUUUGUAGUACAUCCUUCUUCUCUAAAUGAAGAAGAAAGGGUCUGCAAGGAAGACAGACUUCUGAUAAGUCUUGAUUAGCUUUUGAGCUGCUUCAGGUCAAUUUACUUUGGUUUAUGGAAAAUUCACUUCAGAAUUCCAUAUGACGAGCUCAGUUUGUUCGUUUCUGACUUGUCACUUGACCUGAAGCACUGUUUGUCCUGCAGCAUACACUGACAAUGGCAGUCUCGUGUUAAAUGAGUACCUCCUUUCUUAUUUUGUACAGAUAAUUUCCCUUUUUGUAAUCAAUUUUUGUUGGCAAAGUUUUAAAUUAAAGUUUUAAUCUCUGUUACUGUCUCUGUUUUGCUAAAUUAUAUUUCAGCUUAAGACAAGCCUUGUGAUCUGCAUGUCUCUGGGAAGUGUCUGACAGCUGCACUGUGAUACCACCUCCUGCUAUUGAUAAAAGUACUCAAGAAAAUGACCUGCUUUUGGGUGGGAGUCUUGUCUUCUCUGAUCAGUUGCAAAAUCAUAAAGGCAUUUUCUGUGUCUCUGUUUAUCACCAUGAGUUUUGACAGUCUGUGUCCUUCCUGGGCUAUUAUUGUUUUACAGCUUGUUUUGUAUACUUGGUUAUUCAUCCUUUAUUGUCCUCCAGGAGGAAGUAUCCUUCUACUCUCCCUCAAACUUUGUGGGAUUGAUAGAGAUCACUUACUUUUCUAGGGGUGAACUUGGUAUUCUGCAAUGCCCUCUCUCUGUCCAGCCAGAUGUGCACAGCUGCCAGAAUUCCUUUUGAGGCUCUUACCUCAACUGAUUCGGAGACACUUUGAGUAUCCUCUGAAUGACUCUUCUGGUCCUCAUCGUUUGUCUGCCUGCACUUUUCCUGUUUGUUACCAUAGAGGCACCAAAGAUGAUUGUGGACUUGGUACAUAAGGCACUGUGUGAAUUUGUUGUGCUCCUUGAACUGGAAGGUCUUGGUCCAUACUAAAUACACCAGAUAGAACAGCGUGGCAAGUGUGUGCCUUUCGAUUUUGCUCCAGUUGCAUAAAGAGUCAGCGGAAGAGCCAGGAAUAUGAAAUCAAAUGCUUCUAAAAUGCUUCAUCUUUCAUUUCUAUCGCUUUGUCUUGGCAACAGCUCCUCUCUCAACACAACUCGGAUUGAAAAGAUGAAAACACUUCAGCUGCUUGUAUUUUUCAAGCACACUUUUUUGGUGAUGAAAGGAGUUCUGUUCGCAGCAGUGGCUCACCCUUUUAUCAUCUGGAACAUGAUCUAGGAGGAGGGAUUACAACACUUGUGAGCAAAAGUUGCAUAAAAGGAGCUGUAACUGUGGGAUGCUGGCAAGGCCUCUGCAGAAUCUUGUUGAUGUUGGAGGGGGAAGAAAAGUGAUGAUGAAACCUUAAUUCUGGUGCCUGGAGGUGGUUCGGUUUUUUUUGUUUUGUUCCCCCCCACCCCCAAAAGGACAAAGCCCUUGCAAAAUGCCGUUAGAGCUCAGAUCAGCUCUUAAGGCCAAGUUUCUCUGGACUUCUAACCAACUAGCCACUCUAUGAAGACAUGUGUGGGCUGUUUCGGGAGCAGAGGGGAGUGUGAAGGGCCAUGGCAAUGGCACGUCAUUGCAGACAUACCACUCUUCCCAAGCAGAGGGAAAGCUAUCAUUAACCAAACGAUGAAUUAAGAACUUCAGUGUGCAGGAUGCUGAGGAGACAUUGGUUUUGGCUCUACUAUCAAAGAACUGGGAUGAGGCUCGCUGAGUAUUGCUGGAAGAGCCUGUUAACAACAGGCCAGCAGGAGUUGUUCAUGUGAAAACUGCCCCAUGCCUGUGUCCUUCAGUUCUUUUGCAACUUGUAGUGAAGGUCAGUGUGGCAGUGUCUGCAGGUAUCCUGAAUUUCUCUCCUGCCAAGGGCCACCUGGAAGUUAUUUGUGAGCAGAGGAGGAAAGCUUCAGUAACCUGUAUGACUUCAGUUCCCAAGUCACUUGUAUAAAAAGAAAAUCUCCUUCUAAAUGAAUAAGGGGGAGGGGGGUGUAAGAGACUCAAGAAAACAAUUCAGACCCCUGAAAGGCCAAAUGUGUCAUCAAUAAGCCCAUUCUGUGGCAUGGCUUGCUGCUGCCCAGCUGAGGACAAAGCGCUGCAGACAUCCUUUGGUGCCAUGUCCCCACUGCCGGCUCACUUGGAGAGGCAUACUUCAUCUUUGUUUAGAUGCUGAAAUGCCCUUGAAAGCAAAAUCCCCUGCGAGGAGGUGGUUGGAGAUAAAUUUGCAUUUGGCAAAACCCUCUCUGCCAUGGGGCUGUAAUGUGCCACGGUGACGGUAGCCAGCACUCUGGGAUGAUGCCUAACACAAUUACACCGCGGUGCUUCAUGGCCAGCGCUGAUGCUCGGUCCAGUGUCCUUCCCUCAGAUGGCAUAAAAUUGGUGUCUGUGAGUCUGAAAAGAGAGCAGCGCUGCCCAGGUUCAAGCAUAGGCCAAGUAUGAAGAAAACAAAACAAAACCUCAGCAGCCUCCUGUGAUUUAGACAAGCAAAACUCCCGCGCCAGAGGACAAAACUGCGCUCUUUGGAUAAGCGCUUAUCAUUCUUGAAGCUGGCACAGCAGAGCAGAGCAGCCCAUGCUUCAAAAAGCAAAGUAAUUAAUUCUCCUUGCUCCCAGCCGCAGCAGUCUCCGUUGUGCAAUGCUGCACCGCAACCGGGCAUGGAGAAACUUUCUUACCAAUCAAAAGAAGUAUUCAUUUUUUUUGCUCUGACACAGCAGGGUUGGUCUUCCUUUUAAUAUUACUGAAGACAAUGUCUGCCUUGCCUUUCCGUGACCUUCAGCGUGUGGCUUCGUGUUAAAAUUUCCAUCCCCCCACAUUCAAACGCUGGCAUUAAAAAGAAGAAGGAAAAAAAAAAAGAUUAAAAUUCCUUUUGUUUAAAUCCCUAAUAGGGAGCCUUAGAGCAUGCUGCCCUUCAGACAUGGGGAUAGGGCUUGCCUUGUGCUCCUGGCUCUGGGCUGC